AUGGCCAUCCAGCUGCCCCAAGAGGAGCUGGGCACAGCUAUAGGAGUGCUUGUCUACUCCUUGUUCUGCCUCGCAUGCAGCUGUACAAUGGGAUGGCUGACCUAUGUCCAUCGUGAGGCUAUCAGCUAUGUCGCACUUGUAUCGUAUUUCACGGGUCUCUCUACGGCUGCCUCCGUGGCUCAGCAGCUCCACACGAUUGUGUACUGGAGGGAUAUCAAGAAUGCGCAGUUUCGACACUCUAUCGCCAACGUUGGCAACCCUGAACUCGCCAUCGCCGGACAGUCGACCGGUCUUGACCUCGUACUCUUCUACAUUCAGUUUUACAGCUACAAUGUCGAGGCGGCCUUGACCUUCUUCUGGUCCAUCGCGCUCACGCAAUCCAUCUUCCAACUGGAGCCGGUCAAGUCUACCCGGAAGCGAGCCAACUACAUUGCCAAAGGCACCGCGGUUGUGCUGCCCGCCUUGCUAAUGGGCAUUCUCCGACUUGAGGCGGUCCAGAAGCAAGCAGUGCCUUUUCUCUUUCUGGCGGAUGGAGUCAUGGGCUUUUGUCUCAGCGGGAGUGGUGUUCUUCUCAUCGUCAUCUUGGUUAAGUACAUCCACACGCGCCGCAACCUAUUAUCAUGGAACGUCCGCUAUGGCCAACGUUCGGCCAGCACCAAGAGUAGCGACACUCUAGUGGUCGACACUAGUAACGGGAAACGCCGCCAGAGUAUAUACGACAGAUGGCUCGUCGUUCGAUUCAGCAUCGCCUUUGUGGCAUUAGCCAUUUUCCAGGUGGUCACGAUCAUGUUCCAAGUAUCAUCUGCCCGCCAAAACAACCGUGACUCGCUAAGCGACAGCCCGGACCUCAGCACGGAGCGCCUCCAUCUGGACCUCAUACUUUUCCUGCCCGGCGUCUCUGCGAGUCUCCUCACAUUUGUCGUCUUCGGGACCACCAAAACAUUUCGCGAUUACUUAGUCAAUAAGCUCGUCCCGAAAAAGCUGCGCAGGCUGAGCAGGCAGGCGUCUCCGAGGAAAGCCCGACGGUCGAUGGCGUACUCCCAGAGGAGCGGCACACGCCCGCCACGGCUGUCUCUCGACACGUAUGUUGGGAACGAUCUGGAUGUCUACACGCCCACGCGCGACGGGGCUGGGAUUCAGCUGAGAGAGUUGAAUGCGGAUGGCUCAAGCAAGCCGGGCGAAGACGAGUUUCCGUUGGUGCCUGAGCCGAGUAAGCCUAGCAAUGUGUAUUUGUAUCCAAAACAGUAG